ACCUGUAUCAAGUCUCCGUUUAGGGUUUGAUAAAUCUGUAGCAACGGCAGCCAAAAUGUGUUGAGGGUGAAUUAUUGUCCGUCGAUGACGCGUAAUCGUUCGUAACAGCUGUCUUGCUUAUUAUAGCGCCGACUGUGAUACACAGUAUCAUUAAGCAACCAGAACACGAACAUCUGAACAAGCCUAUCGUUGGAUAUGGGGCAAAUGUAUCGGAAAUUCGUAGCAUUUGGACUCUGAACCGUGGGAUUUAAUAGGCACGUCAAUGUAUAUUUGAGAAGUUAUUAGAUAUAAGGUAGACUAAGGGGCCGUUCACAACAAACACGUCUUUGUGCUUAGACGUAGCGCCACGAACGCAGAUGUCUCGACGCGUUUUUUAACAUUUGAAUGUGUUUUUAACUGCACACGCGUCUAAAGACGCGGCGCAGCGGUCAAAGACGUCCGUCUAGCGCAUGUUUAAAUAGGAAAACAAUUGAAAACAGCACGAACGGACGCAACAGCGCGUUCGGCGUGAACUGCCCCUAAGACUUGCAUGCUGAUUUGGACCGAGCGGGCCACUACCCUUAUCGCACAUAGCCUGAAACGUCAUCAACAUUUUCCUGUAUUUAAAUAGUCGAGAGAGGAUGUCAUUGCUGAAAUAAGGAAGAACGCCGGGCUUUUAAGAGAAACUGAGGGAAUUACAGACAAGUGAAGAUUUACUACAUUAGGCUACAUAAAUGGGGGAUUACGGUUUUGGAGUCCUGGUUAAAAACAACGCUGCAAACAAAUCAGUUUUCCCAGUAAGAAUUAAUUCACACUUGCAGCAUACGGUCCACCAUCAGACAGCUCCUCCAAGCCCCCCAGCCUUUAUCAGCAACAACAACAACACUAUCAAUGGUGGAAGUAUAGGUUCCACUUGGCUCUUCUCGGCUGUAGCGACCCACUCUAACAUGCAAGAUGAUAUUUUAGAGUCUGAGACAUCCAAGGCUCAGCAGCAAGAGAGCCAAGAAGGACAAGACAAGCAGACACACUGUCCACCAGGUCACCAAGAAACACCAGGAAUCAUAUCAGAGUUAGACAACACCAUGCCAGAGGAGAAUCAGCUGGAGAAAGGGCCCAUGGAGAACGGUAAUGGAAAGGAGGGUCUGCGUCUUGAAUCUCCAGUGCUAUCAGGGUUUGACUACCAGGAGUCAUCAGGCAUUGGUACUUUAGCCCAGUCUAGUAGCUCUUCCUCAUCGUCCCUUACUGGCUUCAACAGCUGGUCCACUGCUAUCCCACCCAACCCCUCCACCUUGAUCGAAGAGGUUGGCUAUUUCAAUCAGGCUGCUACUACUAACAAUGCUCCUCCACCGCUGCUAUUUCAAAGUUUCUCUCACCACACCAGUACAGGAUUUGGGGGUAGUUUCUCCCACCAGAUAGGGCCUCUAUCUCAGCACCAUCCAUCUCCUCAUCCUCACUUCCAGCACCCUCAUAAUCCGCACCGGAGGCCCUCGGCCAGCCCCCACCCACCCCACUUCUCCCACCGCAGUGCUGCUUUCAAUCAGCUUCCCCAUUUGGGGAAUAACCUCAGCAAGCCUCCCUCCCCUUGGGGAAGCUAUCAGAGCCCCUCCUCCACCCCUUCUUCAACUUCUUGGAGCCCAGGUGGAGGGUAUGGAGGUUGGGGAGGCUCUCAGGGACGGGAGUAUCGUAGGGGGCUGAAUGGAGGGGUGAAUCCUCUCAACUCUAACUCACCUUUAAAGAAGUCUUUCCCAAAUAACCAGACCCCCACAAAGAAGUAUCCCCGCAACAACUCCAGUUUCAACACUAAACCCUGGAUGGAGGAUACCAUUAACCGCAAUGAUAGCAUCUUUCCAUUUCAGGAGCGCAGUCGAUCCUUUGAUGGCUUCAGCAUGCACUCUCUUGAGAACUCCCUGAUUGACAUUAUGAGAGCUGAGCAGGAUUCCUUGAAAGCGAGGAAUUACGGGAGGCGACGAGGUCACUCAUCCUUGUUUCCCAUGGAGGAUGAGCGGAAUUUUGGAGAGGAUGAGAGAUCUGAUCAGAGCCUGAGUGGUCUGGGCUCACCACAUAGUUUCCCUCACCAGAAUGGUGAACGCAUUGAGCGCUAUUCUCGCAAGGUCUUUGUUGGUGGUCUACCUCCAGAUAUAGAUGAAGAUGAGAUCACUGCAAGUUUCCGACGUUUUGGACAUUUGUUUGUGGACUGGCCACACAAAGCAGAAAGUAAAUCUUACUUUCCACCGAAAGGGUAUGCGUUUCUUCUGUUCCAAGACGAGAGCUCUGUCCAGGCCCUGAUUGACGCCUGUAUGGAAGAGGAUGGGAAGUUUUAUCUCUGUGUCUCUAGUCCUACAAUCAAAGACAAGCCAGUCCAGAUACGACCUUGGAAUCUGAAUAACAGUGACUUUGUGAUGGAUGGCUCUCAGCCCCUUGACCCCAGGAAGACCAUCUUUGUUGGGGGAGUUCCACGGCCUCUACGAGCUGUGGAGCUGGCAAUGAUUAUGGACAGACUCUAUGGCGGUGUGUGCUAUGCUGGCAUUGACACUGACCCUGAGCUGAAGUAUCCUAAAGGGGCUGGACGGGUGGCCUUUUCCAAUCAGCAGAGCUACAUUGCUGCUAUCAGUGCUCGCUUCGUGCAGCUGCAACAUGGAGAGAUCGAUAAACGGGUGGAAGUGAAGCCAUAUGUACUGGAUGACCAGCUGUGUGAUGAGUGUCAGGGCACACGUUGUGGGGGCAAGUUUGCUCCUUUCUUCUGUGCUAACGUCACCUGUCUCCAGUACUACUGUGAAUACUGCUGGGCAGCCAUUCACUCGCGUGCUGGACGGGAGUUCCACAAGCCUCUAGUGAAGGAGGGAGGUGACCGGCCUCGGCACAUCUCCUUCCGCUGGAACUGAUCCUGGAGGUCAAGGCUGUGCUAUUUGUAUAAAUGCACUUUUCAUUUUGCUAAGUCCUUUUUAUUUAGAGUUCUUUUUAAGUCUAAAAUUGUAUUUAUAUUGUUAAGUUUUUAAUUUUUUUUUGCAGAAGAGAAUGCUAAAAGAAAAUGAUGUUAUCCUGAUUUUUGUUGAAAAGCUACAUUGAUGCGCAUGAAGACUUGAAUGCUUUAGAUUUAAAAAUAUAGAUGUAUAGCCUGACUUGACUCUGGAUUACUGUUUUGUCUUUAUUCUUCUGGCGCCUCAUCUUCUGUUUGUAAUGGAUCACAUUUUCACUUAGAAGACCAUGCACAAAGAGGAGGUAGGAAAUUAAAAGGCUAAUACAUCCAUUGAAUGACUUUAAUGUUUACUAUUUCAGUCUGAUCUUAAAUGGUUGCAUGGCAAAUGUGGAAUUGUUACAUCUUUAAAAAAAAAACAUGACUUUUAGCAGGACACCACAACCUAUUGUUGGUUUCUGCUGGAUGAAUAACAUGGAAUGGUUCUAACAUGUGAGGCAGUUCUUCUACAGAAGGCAUCUGUAUCAAUUAUCUCAUACUAACAACACUCAGACACUUUAAGAUACAGGCUUACAUAUUUUAAAGCACUCUAUAGGUUACUGUAAAACAAAGUAAUAGCUAACUUUGGUGAAAUCGAGCAUAGCCACCACAAGACAUGAGGCAGGCUAAAGAACUAAGAAGAGUAGAAACUGUAAUAUGGUUUGUGAUUGUGUCUUGCCUUGUUACACAGGUUUUAGUCAGGCAAACCAAAGAUGAGCUUUAGAGAUGUCUAUGAAAUCAUAGAGAUUAUAAAUAUGGUAGAAAGCAUUCAGGCUUCAUUGGUUUGGUAGACAAGAAAGAAAAACAUUGAGUUCUUGUAGUGGUUUUGACAGUAACUUUGAGUCAUUGGGAUUUUGUGCUAAAAGCUAGCUCAAUAUUGUAGUAUUUUACUAACAGGAAAUUACCAUGUGUUGGAUUGAUAGUGUUUUUAUGCAUGGGAUUUGCCAUGAAUUUAUUGGUGUUCUAACUGAGCAUUGCAGUAGCUGAGCAGCACAUUUCAAAGAAUUUGACAUAUUAUUUUAUACAUGGUCUGCUGAUUUUUGUACUGUGUUUUAUAGCUGAUUUCGUCUUGGUGUAGAAAACCAUUAUGCACUACUUUUCUAAAUAUUGUUUUUCAAGUCACUUUUUUUUUCCCCCACAAAUGGUUGUGAUAACUUGUUUUGUUUUUCACUUGUUGGAUAUAGAUUUGUAUCUUUUGUUACUAAGAGAUUUGAUUAUGACAAACAUAUCUUAUGGAAAAGAAGAAAAGGCUACUAUAAUUUUUUGGUUGAAGAUUUUAUGUAUUUGCGUGCUGAAAACCCUAAUAUAUUUAGUUGACUUUAUUGUUAAAACAUAUCUAAUAAUUGCAAAAUGCAAACAGUGUUUUUUUUAUUUUUUAUUUUUUUUAAUAUAUAUAUAAUAUAAUGUCUUAAUGGACCAAGUAAAUAUUGAAUCUAGUAUGAAAAAAUAAUCCUUAAAAUGUUUGGUACAUGUAGAAAUAUAUACGUAUCCAGUACCUGCUAUCACUUAUGAGAAUGAUGAUACUUCCCUCAUUACUGGCUAUAGAAAAUAAUGAACAAUGUAAAUUAGGGUAAUGUUAGGAUGCACCUUGUAUCACAAUGAUGAAUGUUCCACGUUGAAAUGUCAGUGUUUAUUAUUAUGUAUAUUCCUGAGAGUCCAACAAGUUUAAUUUAGUUUUUAGAUUUGCAUUAGCUAAAUUAAGUAAGGAUGUUUAUGAUUUUGACAUUAAUAGUAGUUUUGUUUCAGCCCUUUUUUCUAGGUUGUGGUCUAUACAUUUUGCCACAUUUUCAGUUGUGUAUCUUACCCAUGCACAAGCUGUGCAUACUCUUCACUUUACUGUGUGUAAUAGUUUGCAAAGAAAAUGAAGCAUUCAGGAACACUGACGGAAAGACUUGGGUGAUUAAUCACAUAUUGAUUCAGGGUUUACUUGAAUACACUUUCAAAAUAUUGACAGUGAUAUCUGUGCAAUACUUUUUUUCCCCAGAGAUAUUUGCAGUGUACUUCUAAUAUCAUCACAUACUGUACUGUAUGUGCAAAUCCAUGAAUUCCAACCUCACCUCACAAUAUCACCUUUAGCUAUUAAAACCUUUACCGUUCUCUAAUUUAUAUAGUAAACUGUACCACUGAAAUUGCAGAUGUUUUUACUUUUAUGUAUUCACAUAUUUUCGUACUUGAUUUCAUGCUACUGUGAUUACAAUGUAAAUAUUAAGUGAAUAAUGUUUUAACCAUUUACUGAUAUAUUUUUUAUUGGAAUGUACUUGUCAUUUUGUUUUUAAUUUUUGAUCAGUAAAUCAGUACACUUAAUAGAUUUUCUAGUUUUAAUAAUCACUAUUGUGCUUCAUGCCUACAGAAGGAUAAGAAAAAUGUCUGAAUAUUCUCUAUGUAACUGGUUAUUUAAAUUUUACAUAGUUUAUAACUGUGUAUGGGAAGGUGUAUUUAUCAAUAGAUUUUUAUAAGAGGAAUCACUUCUUUGCUAUAUCAUUUAUAAGUUUUAAUUUUUAUAUUUUAAAUCCAUAAAUAGUUAUGUAAAGAAAAAUAUUAUUUUAUUGUUGGGUUAGUCAUACAUGUGCUUUGGUAGUUUUGUCUUAAUUAUUUGCAGUUAAAUAUUUAUAACAGAAUGGCUAAUUUUAAAGUAUUUGUAAUGUGAAAUGUUGAAUGAAUAAACUUGAUUGCAGGAA